AUGCUCAGCGCCAAUGGGCAGGAAGAGAAGGCCUCGUUUUGGCUUUGUGACCUGGGCCUGGCCGUGGAUUCCCAAAGCUGGACCGGCGAGGAAAGUCUUUGGCGUGUGACCGAUAUUGGCGGUGACUGCCGCUAUUGGCCGGCAUCAUGUUGGAUGGUUCAUUGUUAUGGUGCAGACUAUUUGGAGGAACGGCCACAUUUGUGCAAGCAGUACCAGUCAAGGCUGGAUAUUCAUGCACUUGGCAUUACAGCCAUUGAGAUUCUUUGCACUGGCGCCUUGGCCCUGCGAAGCGCUGGUGCUCCUGCAGGUGAUACCGCCUCGUGUUGGUCUGAGCUAUUGGAUGCUUGGAAGCAGUACCAUGAGACAGUGAGCGACUGGUGGCAGGCAAUCUAUAGCGUUUUUAGUGCUGGAGGAGACUUUCGGCCCGUGCAUGCAUGGCUGGUGGAGAUCAAUGCGCCUGACAAGGUGCUGGAUUUGGUGAGUGCCAUGCGCAAAGCCUUGGCUUCUUGCGCGGAGGAGAGUGAUCCAUCGACCGCUCACCUUCUAAGAGCGGUGGCAGAGGCAACCAAUGAGGACUCCAAUAUGGAUCUCAUGGAGAUUUGCAAAAUGGCAGACGUCAUUCCAGGUCCAUGCGUGAACGGCACAGGUGCCUCAGCCAUUGACGCAAAGCCGCACGACACCUCAUCCGUGGGUUCAGCAGAUAUGGCUGCAGGUACUCAGGAGGGUCUCUUGGGUGUCAUGGCUGAGAACGACAAGAGCAUCAGCAAGUGUGAGAUCAUCCAGAGGGAAGCCAGUGCGCCAACGCCAGGUUUGCCAAAUGGCCGCAGCACGUUGCUCUUGAAAGCAAAGUUGGAGGAGGAGCAUGCAAGGCUGUCUGGGGAUCUGCAGAGAUUGCAACUGCACAGGUCCCGCGUGGUGUUGGCCAAGAGCAUCCUCCAACAGCUGCCCCAAUCUCUGCCUGCCUAG